CAAUAAAUUGUAUGGAUAUUUUGUUUUGUACCGUCCACUGUAAUCAGGCUGCAGGUUAACCAAGUAAUUAAUGGUAUUAUCAAACUAUACGUGUGCCAUUAAGUUAAAUAGUCUAAUUUGCCAUGGGAGCCAAAUAACUGAGACCAAUUGAUAUGGUAACAUGUUUGGAGAAUAAACAUAAACCUAAAUCGAUGCCUAAAUGUAGAACUCAUUGUAGUUGUAUAGUGUAACUACAUAUCCCACAAUCACCUUUUUUCCUCAAUUAGUAUGGAAGCCCUCGCGUCCAAACAUAGUGUUCGCACAUCCGCGCUACCGCUGCUACUCUUAAAGGAGACGCAUCCCAAACGGGCCGAUACUUGGUUUAAGAAAUAUGAGGUUUGCUAUCGCUUUAAGAAGUGGAUCAUGUUGAAUGUUUGUAACAUUAAAUCGUCAUAUAACGUUAAUUUUGUUUUAUUUAUAUGCGAGUGGUUGAAAUGCUUGCGUAGUGACUUAACGUUGCCAUUACUCUUGACCGAGCUAACAUAACUUGGUCCCAAAAGGGCCUCCAAUGUUACGUUGGUAUUAACGCUAAUUACAUGUUCUAUGCCCAAAAAUAACGCUACGUCGACUGACGCUAAUUAACAAAAGCCCGUAAGGGUCAUAACAGUUAAACAUGAGCAGCAUGAACUCGGAGGAAGACGACGUGUCUGGUGUUCGUCCCGGGAUCGAGACAACCGGGGAGUCGACGGAGGCCGCAAAGCCAUCCCCGCAGCCGAGUGAACCGUCCAGCCGGAGACGAGGAAGUAAAAGGCUCGCGAAAACCACAGCGACCUCGCUGGGCUCCAGCGGCUCUGUGCCGACAUUUCGAGUUUUGCGAGCCAGGGGAGCUGCAGCUGGCAGGAGCGCAGGUAUUCAUUCCCAGAAUGCCGCUAGCACGCCAACGCCUGACGUUAAGAGUACGCACCGCGGGCGUGGGAGACCUGCUGGAUCACGCUCAAAAAACACACGACCUGCGGGAAAGAGAUCCACGUCCAGAAAUGCAUCCAAACACACUCCUGCUUCCAAGCUCCCUAAAGCUAAGGAAAACAAAGGAAGACCCUCUACCCAAGCCUCUCGUACCACGCCGACAACAGCUUGCAAACCUGAAGAAGAGAUGGACGCCGCAGAGGAAACCCCUUCUUUGAUAGGACUAAAUGACAGCGUUGCAGCUCUUGAUGAGGAUCCCCCAUUCACAGAUGACCCAUAUGAGCGCAUCUAUAAACCUGAGACAAAGACGGAAAGAUCCAGGCGGAAUACGAUCUUAAAUCAAAAGGAAGUCAAGAAAGAGGACUCCGAAAAGGAGGAGGAAGACGAUGACAUUAAAAAGGAAGAAUCAACCGAGGUUGUUGUGCAAAGUGGAGAUGGAGUGCGUAGUAACCCAGAGCCACCCAGGAAGAGAGGUAGACAACAAAAAGAUGGCAAACUCCCUCGACUGCCAAAACAAAGAAAAAAGCCCCCAGUGCAGUACGUACGCUGUGAAAUUGAGGGCUGUGGUACUGUCUUGGCCCACCCACGUUACCUACAGCACCAUAUCAAAUACCAGCACUUGCUUAAAAAGAAGUAUGUGUGUGAUCACCCCUCGUGUGGCCGAUUGUUUCGUCUGCAGAAGCAACUGUUGCGCCAUGCAAAACAUCAUACAGAUCAAAGGGACUACAUCUGUGAGUAUUGUGCUCGUGCCUUCAAGAGCUCCCAUAACCUGGCUGUGCACAGGAUGAUUCACACGGGAGAAAAACCAAUCCAGUGUGAGAUAUGUGGCUUCACCUGUCGCCAGAAGGCCUCCCUAAACUGGCACAUGAAGAAGCACGAUGCAGAAUCCUCCUACCAGUUCUCUUGCUCCAUUUGUAGCAAAAAGUUUGAGAAAAAGGACUCCGUGGUCGCACACAAGGCCAAGAGCCACCCCGAGGUGCUCAUAGCUGAAGCCUUGGCAGCAAAUGGGGGCUCAGUAAUAUGCAGCCCCAGCGUGACCCCCGAGACUGCCCGGGGGCCCGCCCCCCCGACCCAAGAGACUGCCCCGGAGCCGAGCCAGAACCCCGACGCGGUCCCAGUCCUCACCCAGUCCUACCAGCCCAAUGUCGGCCAGGAGAACCCGCUGCAGCGGGCGGGGGAGCCGCUCGCCCCACAGACUCCGAUAGACGUACCCCUGGGCCAGUUUCUCCAUGCGGUGCAGGCGGCACAUCCGCAGCAACCCCCCGCCGCCUUGCUGCACCUCACGACGGCCGCUGCUCCUAGCAACUUCCCCAGCGUUAGCCACCCCGAGCUCAUCCAGCUCUCCGCCCUCCGCGCCGGCGACGCGGCGUCCGCGGCCGGCGCGGAGCCUCAGAGCACCUUACUCACGCUGAGCCCCGUCACCACACUGGCCUCCACGGCGUCCCUGGCUUCCCAGCAGGCUUUGCAGUGGGGCAGGGAGACGGACGGGAGUGAGCCGUUACCCGGAGAGGGCGAGCUGUGGGACAGGGUGGUGGUGGGUGGCGCUCAUCAGGAUGUCGGGGAAAUGAUGUGGCAGGGUCACGAGGAAAGGAGGAAGGAAGAUGAGGGGAUUGUGUGGGAGAGGGAAGGAGGGAGGCAGAUUCUUUUACAGUGUGCUGAGGUUAAUGCAGACAGUUUGAUCUAGAUUUAAAAAAAAUAAAAAUAAAAAACACUAUGACGAGAACAGCGAAGUUUAGGUUCAAGAAAACAACAAAAGACUGAAGGACCAGUAAAAAAAUCAAAGCUGAUAUUUGAAAUUAUGAAUAUAUCUCCAUGGAGUAACGUAGUUAUACAAAGUGCAUAACUGUAGAGAGCUACUUAUAUCAGGGAGUAUGUAUUUAUUAUAUUACUGAAAACGUACCCGUGUGUGUGUGUGUGUGUGUGUGUGUGUGUGUGUGUGUGUGUGUGUGUGUGUGUGUGUGUGUGUGUGUGUGUGUGUGUGUGUGUGUGUGUGUGUGUGUGUGUGUGUGUGUGUGUGUGUGUGUGUGUGUUAGAUGAAGACUUCAUGAUGAUGAUCCAUGUUGGGCAAAAAGAAAUUCAAAUGACAUUUAUACCCCUCAUGUUCAUAUGUGAAUGAAUUAGUAUUAUUAACAUAAUUUGGUCAACUCGAGUAGUUUUAGAUAACCUUUAAGAUUCUUAAAGUAAAAUAAUCUUUAUUGUGAGAUUACAUUAAAAUCCAUUCUAAGAAAGAGUUAAAUUUUGAGUCCAUGCCUUUUCACACAAAUUUACAAAAAAUAUACAGUGGUUUAACAUAAUAUUUUGAAACAGCCAUUUGAAGUUAUAGUAGAAAAAGCACAAGUGUAAUGAUUAUUAUGGAUGGCUCCAUUCUAUUUAAGUGUCUGCAUCGAUUGCGACAGCGAGCCAACAUCCUAUGCAACAUGUUAAAAGGUCUUAUGCGGAAAAAGCCCAAAACCUAAUUUUCUAUAGGAACAAUCUAAAAUGCCUUCCGUUUAUUUACUUCUCUUGGUCAUGAGUUGUGUCACUUUCCUGUCAAAUUGACCAUCUGAUUUAAUUCUUUACAAAUUGUUGCCUUAAUAUUUUUUCACAGUUAAGACCACGCAGGGAGCAGCAUAGUUUUUAUCGUCGGUUUUCUCUUAAAGCAAUCUUGCAUAAUAAAAUAUACCUCUUGCCACUGCAACUAC